CCCCUGUAUUUCGACCUGAACUUUCUCGAACAAAUUUCUGUUUUUAUGACAUAAAUUUGCAAAUAUUCUUCAUCGAUCUCCAUUUACUAGCAGUUUGUAAAGUAGAUGUAGUGCAGCUAUCCAAGUUUCCAGAUUCUCAAUCCAUAAGAAGUACCCUCAGCCUAUGGCUUACCUUGCAGCAUCAUUCUUUGCCCUACAACCUUCGUUCUCUUCUGCUCCUCGUUUCAUUCCUUUCCGUGUAAUCAUUAAAACUGGUUAUCCUGUUGCGAGCUUUGAGCUUCUCAACCUGAAUAGGACUUGCCAGGUGCGGCGUUCUCUUUUAACCAGUGCUGCCUCCCGGCCACCUCCAUCACAGCCUUCCUCUGGGACGAAUUUUUUCUCUG